AUGUUCUAAAAAUAGAACGGUUCUUUAAAUUGACGUGAGGUAUUCCCUUUCGGGGAUUUCUCAUGCUGAAACAUUUCCUGACAGACACAACUGACAGUUGAGUUGUUUUUGUUGUUUUAAAGUGUAAUUUAUGUAUAAUUUGUCAUAAUUUGCAAGUGAGAAGUCACCAUGGAGAAUGUAGAUGCCGAUCUUCCCCUCUUUGUCCCGAUUCAUCCAUUCAUAGACUUCUUCACAUGCCCAAUCUGUAUGGAGACGUUCAAGAAUGUGACAGUCACAUCUUGUGGACACCGAUUCUGUCAGGGAUGCAUCCGAGAAUGCGUGGGACGCCUACACAAGUGUCCAUGUUGCAAUAAGAGGGCUGGCAUUGAAAACCUCUUCAGAGAUGCUCAGUACUCAUCACUAUUAGAUCUUUUUAUUCAAGAGAAAGACAAGGCAGAGAAAAAAUAUUUUGAUGGACUUAUAACGCGGGACUUUGCUGAUGCUUCAGAUCAAGACAUGGCUAAACUAGGUGUUCCCAAUCCACAAGAAAAGGCAUUCUCACCAGUUGAAUUAGUACUUAAAAAACACUUGAAGCAAAGUUUAGCAGCUCAUGAGAAGUAUUAUCAGGAUCUGAAGAAAGAGUUCCAUAAGAGUGAAGCAAAGAUUCGGUCAGAUUACCAACAGAAAAUGGAAGAUCUCCAGAGACAGAGCUUACUCCAAGAUGAAUUCGAACGACAGUUUGCCGACCUCCAGCAGACACAAGAGAGACAUAUUGCCAAACUCCACGAGGAGCUGGAGUCGUGUGGGAAAUUGGUAGCCGAUGCUUACGAUCGUUAUCUUGGGGAACACAUUCCCUCACUGGCGGUUCUCCCUGUCAAGAUCUCCGUCACUGUACUCUGCAAGAAUGUCUCAAUUCCUGAUGUGGUGCUGAAACCUCAACAGAGUACUGAGGAUAUCAAGAAUAUUGUGGAAUCACACUUUGAAAACAAAGGAGACAAGGUGGUCAACUUCGGUGAUAUCAGCUACAUCUAUUUUGGUCCGUUUAGCAAGAGGAGUCUCUUUGAGAUGAACCAAAUUGCUGAAGACCUAAUCGUACAUGGGGCUACUCAUCCAGAUGUUAUUGUGUUACCAGAGGGAAGUAAGCCAGUGCUGCAGUUCGGAGUGAAACCAGGCAGUGAAGUUGUGUUGCGUGGAACCGUGCGAUGUAAGAGUGACAUGCCCAAAGAGUGCUUCGCCAGUUCUUUCAAGCCAGGGGAGCCUCAGACAGUCGACUAUUUCUCUUGUAAAGACUGUGGCUUCAACUGGGUGUGUCGAUCUUGCAUGGAGGUUUGCCACAAAGAUCACACUGUAGCUCCAUACAUCAUGCAACACCAACCAACCUGGGCCUGCUGCUACUGUCCAAAGAAGAAGAAAUGUGUCAUACAAGCAAAUACAAGUAACUAAUGCCGUUUGGAGGACUAGUGCAGUAUCGAAUGGACACGGCUGAAGUGGAACCACAAUGUACGAGCCAAAAAUCAAGUCCUCACCAUGCGGAUCUAUCUUAACAAAGUCUCAAUCAAUUCUUGGUAUCAUAUACGUGUAUAUAUACGCAUAGAUAUGUGAUAAUAAAGAUGCAUUAUUGUUGAAA